UACAUAAAACUACGUGUUCAAUUACGUUGGUGAGAUAACACGUAUCGUCACGUACAUCGAUCUACUAAACCUUUAUCGAGCAGCGCGCACCGAAUGUUUAUUAUACCUGCGUCGGCGCAACACCCUUGCAUUUUGUUCCGAUCUAACGACAAGCGCGCCCGCACGCAGCAUCCAUUCACAUUUUAAAUUUCAAAAAAAAAACGAACAUUGAUUACAAACAUUUUUUCAAGAAUUUUGUUUUUUAAAUAACUCGUGUUUAUUUUUAAGUGUAGUGUUUAUUUAAAUGUUAGAUUCAUUUGUUAGUUAAUAUUUAGUGUAACGGCUGUGGUUUUAGACAUUACCAAUUAGUGUUGGAAUUGACAAAUAUGAACGGUCACACCACACACAACUCCACGAUGUCGAUCGUAGAUUCCUACAGAAAAUUUAUGGAACGCAACAGCGAUCCUCGGACGGAGAACUGGUGGCUAAUGUCUGGACCAGGGCCACUACUUACACUCUUGGCUACUUACCUCUACUUCUGCACCUCAGUCGGACCUCGAUACAUGAGAGAUAGGAAACCAUACGACUUGAAGAACACCAUUGCUCUCUAUAAUGUCUCACAGAUCCUGAUGAGUGUCUUUCUGGUUUAUGAGGGUUUAGCUUCCGGAUGGUGGAAUGACUACAACUUUUCAUGCCAACCAGUUGACUAUUCCAACAGCCCUAAGGCUACCAGAAUGGCAGCGGCAGUCUGGUGGUACUUCACAGCAAAGAUCAUUGAGCUUCUGGACACAGUCUUCUUUGUUUUAAGAAAGAAGAACAGACAGAUCACGUUCUUGCACCUGUACCACCACUUCAUGAUGCCCAUCUGUGCAUGGAUCGGUGUCAAAUUCUUGCCAGGUGGCCAUGGAACACUCCUCGGAGUCAUCAACUCGUUCAUCCACAUCAUCAUGUACACUUACUACCUGAUCUCUGGUCUCGGUCCUCAGUACCAGAAAUACCUUUGGUGGAAGAGGCACGUCACUACUCUGCAGUUGAUACAAUUCUGCAUCAUUUUCUACCACAACUUUAGUGUAAUGUUCGGUGACUGCAACUACCCUAAGGGCAUUAACUUCUUACUGUCCCUCAACGCUGGUCUCUUCAUCUACAUGUUUGGUAACUUCUACUACCUCAGCUACGUCAAGAGCAGAAACCCCCAAAAGAACCAAGUUACUGUAGAUGAUAAAGACAAAGAGUGCUAGUAAAAGACUUCAAUUGUGAUAGUUCUAGUUUUUAAGAUUUAAACGAGUUGUGGACUGGCUUUUUGCUGUGUGAUAUAUUUUAUGUGUUCAGGAUUUUGCUGUUUGAAUGUUGACAAAGAACUAUAUUUUUUUUAUUGUGAACUUUGAUUUAUUAUUAAGAAAUUUUCCAUCGUGGAACUUUGGCAUAGAAUCGUAGCUUAAAAUUUCAUCAAUUUGAGUGAAGAACUAUAGAAAUGCUUGACAGAGGAUAAGAGAGGAUUACAAAGAUGUUCGAAGUCUUAAUCUAAGCUCUUACAAUUAACAUUUUUAUACCAAACCAAAGUGUGAUAGUUUGAAAAAUGGGCAAAAUCCCAAACACAUAUGACAAAGUACAACGACAUUCUGAAUAGACUUUACUUCUAUUAGAUUAGUUGUUUGUAUAUUUGUACAAAUAGUUGGAUGUUCGGUUAAGGUAUGUUAUAUUAAUAUAUCCGUACUCAUUGGACCUUUUGUUAUUACGCUUCUUAUUUUAAUUUGAUCUUCUUAAGAAAUAUUGUAGUUUUUCAAUGACGGGCAACUCAUACUGCAUAGCCUAAAUGGUUGAAGAAGAUCAAAGAUUUGAAAUAAAAGUUUAUAAGACAAUUGCGAAUUCGAAUGUUAAAUCCUUCAGAUGUAAUGAACUGCGAAAUUAAAAGUACGUCAGUGUCAAAAUGAGAAUGUCAUUUCCAUACAUUUUUAAUCGAGUCUGCGUCAAUGCAAUGUUGUAAUACCUAGACUCUUUUAUAUUAUUUUCUUUUGCGAUAUUAAAUUUUAUUCAAUCGCUUUGAUUUACUUCGAUUUUGCAUAAGUAUGCAAGUUGCCCUUGGUAUAAUUCCAUGCAUUACGGCCGAUCAAAACGCACCCCAUAGAUGAUUGAAAAAAGAGAGAGAAAAUAAGUUAUCAAAGUAUUAUAUCUUAAAAAGGUACUUAUGUAUGUAUCAUGCGCUACACUGUUUAUGGCUAAUGCAAAAGAUUUCUGACGCUGCCCACUUUAAAAACGAUGGCAGUUUAGUGACGGUGAAAUGGUCAUUUACACUCCAGGAAAAUAAAAUUGUGGUGUCUAAGUAUUUAAAUAUUAGAAAUAUAUCUGUAGAUACAUUUUGAGUGUAAAUAUGGUCCUCAACCAAAUACAAUUUAGAAUAUGCACAACAGGAGGAAGGCAAGUCCGGAAUCUGACGCCAUAUUUGGCAUUAUGAGCCGUCGCCCCAUCACGCCCUGCACCCAACACAAAUUUUUUAUACUUUUUCACAUCAGCCGCAAAUAUGACUUCACGAUCGGUCGCAAAGCAUGUAAAUGUACCCUUAGAUCAAACAGUAUUUGUAUCUUACUCUAUUUUAAUAUAAGUUACUUUCUUUUAUUUUUAUUUUGUAUUUAAAUCCGUUCCUUUAAUUUUGUUGUUAUUUUUAUUGAUUUAACUAUUCCUUUAAUGACUGAUUUUGAUUACUUAUGAUUUCGGUCGCCAUGAUUACAAAUAUUAUUAUUAUAUGCAGAAUUUUCGUCAUUGUAAAAUAGCUAAUACUUUAUUUUGGAUAUACGAUAUUAUUUUAAUUCUAAGUUGUUAUAUUAAAUUUAGGAUAACGUAUUUCGAAAACAGUUUUGAUCACAUCAAUUUAAUGAAAGGUACAAAUUUAAACGAAUUUAAUUAUCCUUUGUUCUCUACAAAAUAUUCUAAAUACGAUUUUACCUGACAAAAAACCGACGUC